ACCCAUGCAAGAACGUCAUCUGCUACAAUGGAGGUAAAUGUGUAGCCAGUGGAACUGUUGGAGUGUGUCAAUGUCCACAGGGAUAUGUUGGUACCUGGUGUGAAACUAAACAAGAUCCAUGCAAAAACUACUACUGUUAUAAUGGAGGUCGUUGUGUUACCAAGGCAAAUCUAGCAGUUUGUGAAUGUCCUUAUGGAUACGUGGGUACCUGGUGUGAAACUAAACAAG